AUGUCCGCACGAAAAGUUGAAUUGACGAAGCUGGACUUCAAGCCUUAUGAUUUUGUUUCACUUAAAAUGACUCCCGAAAAACAGUUUGUUCAAUACGAAUUUGAUAAUCAGGAAGACGUCGAUAUCCUUGUGAAAUGGAAAUCCACACGACCACCGAAGUAUAACGUGGAGCCAAACUACACAAUCGUCAAAUCCAAAACCAAGUUCACAUUUCAACUGUCUUGUAAAAAUAUUGUGAAAGAAUACAACGUUCCAGCUGAUCGAUUCUCCGCUGUGAUCUACGCAAUCAAACCAACCAAUCACAAGCCAAAAGCUAUCUGGAGAACCCGUGAAAUUCUGGACGAUCUUCGAAUUGGAUCGAGGCACAAAAAGAAUGUCUAUAUUGUGUUUGAAGGUGUCAAUGAGGCAAAUUGGUGGAAUAAAUCAAUACUUGACGAGCAAGAACGAAACGACCCGACUUUUGUUAUUGAUGACGAAGAGUGUGAGCAUGAUCAACUGAAGACUGCACUUUUGGCAGGACACUUCACAAUUGUCCAUGUUCCUAUUCAACAAUCAAAUGAGAUUCCAGAAUAA